CACAUGCAGAUGCAGCGCAGCAUAAACUCCUCGGAACUCAGAUGCGCUGCUGCAGAUCGGAACGCAUCUGGGCAGCCUUGCUUCAUCUUCUCGCGAUCCCCGGUUCCUCUCUCUCUCCUCCUCACUUCCGCUUCAUCUUCUCGCGAUCGAUCGAUGGAUCGAUCCCCUUUCUCUCCCGAGUCAGUGCGCCGCGGGUCAGCAACCACCUACCUACCCGCGGGGAGGCGAAGGCGGGGCGACUCACGCGCCGCGAAUGGCCGGCGACGUGCGGCGCGGGUCGUGGAAUCGCCGUCGCCGGCGAGGAGACGUGGGUGGCGAGGGGACUACCGCCCCUGGGAGUUGGCGUCAAUUACGGCCUCCGCCACCGCCCGAUCCUGGCCGUUGAUCGCGGGCGUGGUAUUCCCGUAAAUCACGAGGUGGACCAGGGGCAGGUGCGGUAAUUCGCUGGGCCAGGGUCGCGGACGUGAGGGGCGCGCAUCAAAUCGGGUUGAGGGCCGGCUGAGUCCGCUUUAUCGGCUCACGUUGGCACGGCUUCCGUUUUCCCUCUCCUCUUCCCUCUCACCUCUCCUUCUCCUCCCUCUCGUCUCGUUCACCUCUCCAGCCCCCGCCUCCGCCACCGCCGCCGCCGCCUCCCUCUCUGCAGGCGCAGAUCAGCGCACACCGGCCUACACCGAGCCCGUCUCGCCGCCUUCUGACUCUGGGCGGCGCGCGGAAGCGUCUGCCCACGCCUCUGCGGAGGCGCUUCGCAUCGAUUCCGCCGCUUCCUCGCCGGCUGGCGGUGCGCGACGGCCUGCUCUCCCCUGCCCACCCCCUUGACGUGUUCUGAAGGGGUGAAGUCCUUGCCCUGCGAUACUCAGCGCCGCCUCCGCCGUGGACCGUAAGUCGUGUACACCGUAUAGGAGGUCAGAGACGUUUCGGAGGUGGCUUUGCCGCGCGUAUGUGAUUCGCGGCGGCGGCUGGAGCUGGGGACAGGUGCCGCUGGGACGACGACGACGGCGCCGUGGAUGCCUCCGCCGCCGCCGGAUCGGAGGGACUAUUUGUACAGGGAGGGCCGCAGGCACGACGGCGGCGGCGGGGGCGACCCCCUCCCGCCGCCCGCCUCCACGCCGCCACGGUGGCGGGACUCGCCAUACCACCCGCCGCCGCCGCCGCCCCUGCGUGACCAUGCACGGCCCUCGCCUCGCCGGACGCCGUCGUCAGCCUCUUCAGAGGGUUACUACCGACAGGGCGGUGUCGCGUACGAACGUUCCUACCCUGAUGAGCCGCCGCUCGGCUACACGCCGUUGCGCUCUGACCGGUACUGGCUGGAAGACGACGGCGGCGGAUACAAGGGUUUCGGCCGGUAUGGCGGCGGCGGCGGCGGGGGCCGUAGGGAAGGCCGUGACAUGAGGGGGUCCUACCGGAGGUCGCCGUUCAGGGGAUAUGGGAACGAGUUCUCCAGAAAUCAUCAAGAGCAACCCCCUCCGCCACCGCCGAGGAGGUCUCCGCUGAGGUCAGUCGCUGUUCCGAUCUGCUAUGACCCUCCGGGCAAUAGGGUUGACAAGGGGGAUAGGGACAACCUCCCACGGAUGACUCCGUGGCGCCGGAGGGAGAGCAGAUCUGAGGCUGCGGACGCUGCUGGGGCUGGACGUGUGUCUGUUGGCCAGACCACUCGGCCGGCGACCUCGGAAAAGGAGGUUUCAGCUCAGCCUCCGCCUGUGGCAGCUUCUCAUGGGGCUGAGUUGGAGGAGGCGCCAAGGAAGAAGGCCCGGCUUGGAUGGGGGCAAGGUUUGGCCAAAUAUGAGAAGCAGAAGGUACAAGGCCCUGCGGAUCCUGCUGAAGCUGAUGCUGAUGGGAGCCCGGCUGAUGCUGAACAGAAGACCACUUUCCCAGUCCCUGCCCUAUGCCCAUCUCCGGUUGCUGUUCCAUCACCUGCACCACCAUAUUGUUGCUCAGCACCUGAAGAUAGAUCCUGUGAACUGACGACAAAUACGGUCACGAACCCAACUAACAGUGUCCCUGGAGCUGAUGAUCAAGCCUGCAUCAAUGAAUUCCCCAUUAAGUUAGAUCGGCUUGGUGAUAAUCCUAUUGAUUCCCUUGCAAACAUGCUUGCUGAACUUCUCCAACAUGAUGAUUCCUGUUCUGGGGAUUCAAAAGGGCCGACCAGUACAAGUAAGCUGUUGCUACUGAAGGAAAGCAUUUCCAAGGAGAUUGAAAAGACUGAACUUGAGAUUGAUUUGUUGGAAGGUGAACUUAAAUCUGUCAAUACUGAGUCUGGAAAAGCUCUUGAAGAUUCUCCCGCAGGUGUCACAUAUGCAGAAAAUCUUUCACCUUCUAGUGGGACAUCAGAAGUUCCUGGCAGUGUGGAGAUAUGUGAAGCGUCUCAUGUGAAGGAACCGGGGGAGCUUAUCCCUUGUCCCAAGAUAUCUGUAGUGCAGGAUGCUGAUGUCAAAGGUGCUGAAAUGAUGGAAAUUGAAACAGCUCCAGUUCACAAUGCUAAAACUGUUUCUUCAGAAGAAAGUGCUGCUUGUCCUGGAGUUGCUGAGGGUCAGGCCUGUGCAGCUGCUGAUGUUAGCCCAUUAAAGUCUUCUGAAGGUGCUGGACCUAAAAUUGAUGUUGACAAUGAGAGGUUGGAAGCUUCUUCCUGCCAUGUUAAUGCUGAUUCCAUAAAAGCAGAAGGUAGUGGUGACCAGCCGGUGAGGCAAUGCUCAUACCACGAUCCUGAGUAUAAUCUUUCCGGUUCAGUUACAUCUUCAAACAAUGAUAUAGCCAAAGUAGCGAAUGAAUCGAUAUUUAAACCCUUGCCUGCUGAUACUCACCGGCUUUAUUUAUUGGCAUCCGGUCAUCUUCCCAGACAAACAAAGAUUGAUCCGAUUAUCAAAGAGAGGCUUGUAGGACAUAAAAAAAGGCUGAGAUUCAAAGAGCAGUCUCUUACCUUUAAGUUCAAGGUAUUGCGUCACUUGUGGAAAGAGGAUGUACGGUUACUUUCUGCAAGGAAACAGCGCUCAAAGUCCAAUAAGCGCAUUGAUCAGAGCAACCGGACAUCACAGAUUGGUUCUCAGAGGCAACGCUCCUCUAACCGCUCACGAUUAGCCAUGCCUGCUGGUAAUUUAAGUACAUUUCCCGCUCCAGAAAUGUCAGAUGUUGCAUGCAAGCUAUUUUCGGAAUUUCAGAUGAAGCGCUACAGAAAUUACUUGAAAAUGCCAGCAUUGUUUAUAGACGGGAAAGAGAAGGAAUGUUUGAGGUUUGUCAGCAAGAAUGGUUUGGUUGAAGAUCCUGUUUCAGUUGAGAAGGAGCGAAUUAUGAUAAAUCCGUGGACUCAAGAAGAAAAGGAAAUAUUUAUGGAGAUGCUUGCUAAAUUUGGGAAGGAUUUCUCCAAAAUCUCCAGUUUUCUUACGCACAAAACAACUGCUGAUUGCGUGGAGUUCUACUACAAACACCAUAAAUCUGACAGUUUCCGAGAAGUGAAGAAACUUUUGGAUCUUCGUCAGCAACAGCAACCCACCAGCAAUUAUCUAGGAGCAAAAUCUGGAAAGAAAUGGAAUCCUGAGGCAAAUGCUGCUUCUCUUGAUAUGCUCGGUGUAGCAUCAGCAGUAGCGGCCCAUGGCCUUGAAUACACAAACAGAGUGGAGAAAAUUUGUGCAAAACCUCUCAUUUGGACUGCAUAUGGGUCUAAUGUUUCUUUCAUGGCCAAAAAAUCUUCUGACAGGGAGUGUGUUGAUAAUGUACCUUUGCAUGAGAGAGAAUCUGUAGCUGCUGAUGUAUUGGCAGGCAUAUGUGACACUCUCUCCCCCGAAGGAAUGGGCUCAUGCAUUACUAGUUCUGCUGAUCCUGGCCAGAAGAUUAGCAUCACAAGAAUCGAGCAUGUCUUGAUCCCAGAAAUUGACAAAAGCAUUGAUGAGGAGGAAACACUUUCAGAUCAAGAAUGUGAAGUUGAUCCAGUUGAUUGGAAUGAUGAUGAGAAAUUAAUUUUCAUUGAGGCUAUGAAUAACUAUGGGAAGGAUUUCGCUCGGAUUUCAUCAUGUGUGAAGAGCAAGUCGUAUGAACAAUGCAAAGUAUUCUUCAGCAAGGCUCGGAAAUCACUCGGAUUGGAUUUGAUCCAUCAAGGGGCAGCUGAUGUUAGUAUGCCAACUAGUGAUACCAAUGGAGGGAGGAGUGAUACUGACGAGGCCUGUGCUGCUGAAAGGGAUUCAGCUAUUUGUAGCCCACAGUCCUGUUCAAAAAUAGAGAUGGAUGUAUGUCCUGCUAUUGAAAGAGCCAGUCAAGGGCCCAACUCUGGUAUCAUCUCUAAACAGCCAGAAGGUGAUAGAUCAAAUGAGUGUGAUGUUGUAGAUGUUAAAAUUGAAGGAGCGAAUAAAACAGAUAGAAAUUGCAGUAUUGUUGAUCAUAAACGUUUCAGUGAAGUCACUCAUCAAGCAGCAUAUGGUCCUAUUGACAUCAAUUGUCCUGAAAGCACAGAGAAGCUGCAAGGCACAGAUGAUAAUGUUGACCAAGUGAAUAUGAACAACAAUAGUGCCAUCAGUUCUUCGGAUGAGCAAGCUAUGGCAGUGCACUCAGAAGUCAGAUCCACUUUACAUGCUAUUGAAGUGCUUCAAACAAACAAAGCCCCUGAAGGGGUUGGUGCUGAUGUUUCCCAGGUGGAUGAAUGUUCACACCAUAUUCUUGAUAAUGCACUAAUGAAAGCUGCAAAUUCUGGUGCAUCCACUUGCUUAGCUGCAGAUGCUAGUAUCAAGGACAAUGUUCUCCACUUCUCAAACAUGACGGGUGCCUCCUCCAUCAGUGCUGCAUUCACCUCAAGUUAUCAGCAAUCUAUGCCAGGAGAUAUGCCACCAUCGAAACCAAAACAACAGGUUACUCCUCUCACCCCAAAGGAUUUAAUGCCUGUGCAGUUCAGUUCUGUGCUUCCUGAUCCUACUUCAAUUCGUUUCGAGGGCAUAGCCUCAAUAACUACUCCCAACUUUGAGGACAACGGCAACAGAGUCAGCAAUGCUUUAGGGGCCAAAGACAUGAACAAGUACCCAACUUUUAAAGACCAAUCUGGUAAUCAGCAUGAAACAUUGUUUCGUAAUAUUGAUGGUUACUCGAAUCAUCAUUUGACAACUGAAUUACCAUUUUUUUCUGAAAGAAUGGCAAGUGGCACUAUGAGUACUUCUCAACCUGAUCAGUUCACUCUAACAAAAUUCCAGAAUGGCAGGUCCAGCAGCUUGGGCCUUCCAAACACUACUGAUGGGAUUCAAUGGACCAGAAAAAAUGAGGAUGUACAAGAAGGCUCAUUGAGGUCUUGCUCUCACAAUACAAGCUCUGAGGAUGAUGAGCGACUAAAGCGGUCUGGUGAUGUCAAGUUGUUUGGGCAGAUUCUCAGCCAUCAAUCAUCUUUGCAAAGUUCUGGCUCAUCAUGUAAUGGUAGCAAAAGCAAACCUCCCUCAACAAAGAUUGACAUGUCAUCUGUGAGAUUGUUGAGCAGUCCAAGGGAUCGUGUGGCUUGUUCUUCUAGGUCUGCGCUCACUGUGCAAUUGGGGCUGGAGGAGAGAUCAGUGAGGAGCUAUGGGCAUCAGGAUGGAAGCACAACACAGCCUGAUCCUCUGCUCGUGAUGACGAAGUGUCAGAGAUCCUUAGCUGGUGUACCAUUUUACUCAGCUAAAAAUGGCACGCUUGGUGUGUUUUCAGAUUAUCAACAGCCUUUAAUGCAGCCACAUCAAUCAGAUCCGAAACGGUUGGAAAGGUUUUCUGACCCUCAGAAGAGGAACGGGGUGGAGUUCAUCUCGGGGUUCCAGGAACCUAGUAAAGGCUCGCGGUUUGCGGGUGCUGGUAUCCUUGUUAGCGGCGUUUCAGACCCUGUCGCUGCUCUCAAGGCACAGUAUGUCCCCAGUUCUAAGAUUAUGAACAGUGAUGUGGAUCCUUGGAAGGACAUAGGAAGCAGCUCCACACACUUGCUAGUUUGACCUGUCAACAGUGGCACAAUGUUGUAGGUCUGCUAGAGGUGCGGUCCACAGGCUUUUGACUAGAUGUUUGUUGGUAGGGUUUUGUUUCAGUUUAUGCAGAAACCUCACAGAUCAUUGUAAUAUGGUUAUGCCUAACUCAGAGUAUCCUUGUCUGAUGUAGUUUUGGUUCAAUUUUCUCCAAGGCUGUGGUCUUGCCUUGAAUGUAACAUUUCUGAGGUUUUGUCAUGUGUAGCCAGCUGCAGGGGUGCAAUAUGUUCUGCUUCCAUGUUGAACAUUACAAACAUCAGCUAUCGAGUAGUAUGGUCUUUCUUUCCCA